AUUAAACUGAAUAUGCACCCUCAGAGUGAUAUAUUUGAGUAGUUUAAGAUAUAUAAGAGACCUGGGUUCUAGCCUGACCCUGUGACCUUGGGCAGUUCAUUCUUCUUUCUGUGUCUGUUUUCUCAGUAGAUUGAACGGCUUGAAAAGGGCCCAUCCAGUUGUGGUGUUCUCUACAUGUUCUACGUAACUGAAGCUUUUUUAUUUCAGCCAUUUAGAACUCCUUGUAGUGAUAAAAUGCUAUACAGCUGUCUUGAAUGCAUAUUAAAUGUUUUAUCUUUGUGCUGCAGUGUCAUUUUAGACACCUGUAGUGAACUUUAGUACCCAGAUACCUAGAGAAUUAAUUGAGAAUGACAGGAUGUGUGAUCAUUUUUUCUUCCUGGUCCACUGUUGAGUUUUGGCUUUUUUUCCCCCCUUUCAGUAGCUUUUACAGUGUUCCUACUGCCAGGUGUUUUGCUAUUUUUCUAGGAAUGCCAUAACAAAGUACACAAAAAUUUAUUCUCUCACAGUUCUGGAAACUAGGAGUCUGAAAUAAGGUGUCAACAGGGACCUGCUCCUCUGAAGGCAGGAGGGAAGAAUCCUUGCUUGCCUCCUCUUGGCUUCUUGUGGCUACCAGCAGUCCUUGGCACUCCUUGCUUUGUAUCUGCAUCACUUUAAUUUCUAUCUCCAACUUUACAUGGCCUAUACCCUCUUAUGUCUGUAUCUUCAAAUCUUUCUCUCUUUAUAAGGACACCAGACAUUGGAUUAGUACUCUCCCUAAUCCAUAUGAUCCCAUUUUAACUUGAUUAUGCCUAUUUUCAAAUAAGGCCACAUUUGCAGAUACUGGGGAUUAGGACUUGAACAGAUUUUGGUGGGGACUCACAGUUCAACCCCCAGUAAGCAUCAGUGUCUCUAACUGACUCCUCCCCUUCCUCAUUUAAUUGAUAUGGUUUAGGAACCAAAUACCCAAUUAUAUUAGAAUUGCAUGUAGAUUGGAUAUUUGGGAACAGUGAGGAUCUAUUCUAUGAGCUUAGUUUAUAAUUAUUUCCUCUGAAUGUUAAUAAGCUCUUUUUAGUUCAUUGUUACUUGGGAUUUCUAAGUAUAUUUCUGGGUAUACUUAGAUACACGGUGAUAAGUAACUAUGUAUCAUAAAAUUUUAUCAGUAAAUACUUACUGUGUACCCGUCAAUGCUAGUUGAAUGUCUCUAUCCUGGUUGGAGACAUGCUUCCAAGUCUUUUUUGACUGAAGAGCAGAAAAUUGCAGGUGCCAAAAUUAUUUGGGUUUUUGAUGGAUGGGUUUAAAAUUGUUGAACCUAAUCAUUGAUUUUAUAUGUCCUUGUUUAGAUAUCCCUGGAGCAUUUGGAUAAUAUGACAGUUGGGACAUAGUGAUGUCGACUCUCUGUCCUCCACCAUCUCCAGCUGUUGCCAAGACAGAGAUUGCUUUAAGUGGUGAAUCACCUUUAUUAGCAGCUACCUUUGCUUACUGGGACAACAUUCUUGGUCCUAGAGUAAGACACAUUUGGGCUCCGAAGACAGAACAGGUACUUCUCAGCGAUGGAGAAAUAACUUUUCUUGCCAACCACACCCUAAAUGGAGAAAUCCUUCGAAAUGCAGAGAGUGGGGCUAUAGACGUCAAAUUUUUUGUCUUGUCUGAAAAGGGAGUAAUUAUUGUUUCAUUAAUCUUUGAUGGAAACUGGAAUGGGGAUAGGAGCACAUAUGGACUAUCAAUUAUACUUCCACAGACAGAACUUAGCUUCUACCUCCCACUUCACAGAGUGUGUGUUGAUAGAUUAACACACAUUAUCCGGAAAGGAAGGAUAUGGAUGCAUAAGGAAAGGCAAGAGAAUGUUCAGAAGAUAGUAUUAGAAGGCACAGAGAGAAUGGAAGAUCAGGGUCAGAGUAUUAUUCCAAUGCUUACUGGAGAAGUAAUUCCUGUAAUGGAGCUGCUUUCAUCUAUGAAAUCACACAGUGUUCCUGAAGAAAUAGAUAUUGCUGAUACAGUUCUCAAUGAUGAUGAUAUCGGUGAUAGUUGUCAUGAAGGCUUUCUUCUCAAUGCCAUUAGCUCACACCUGCAAACCUGUGGCUGUUCUGUCGUAGUAGGUAGCAGUGCAGAGAAAGUAAAUAAGAUAGUAAAAACAUUAUGCCUUUUUCUGACUCCAGCAGAGAGAAAAUGCUCCAGAUUAUGUGAAGCAGAAUCAUCAUUUAAAUAUGAGUCAGGGCUCUUUGUCCAAGGCCUGCUAAAGGAUUCCACUGGAAGUUUUGUGCUACCUUUUCGGCAAGUUAUGUAUGCCCCCUAUCCCAGCACACACAUAGAUGUAGAUGUGAACACCGUCAAGCAGAUGCCACCCUGUCAUGAACAUAUUUAUAAUCAGCGUAGAUACAUGAGGUCAGAGCUGACAGCCUUCUGGAGAGCCACUUCAGAAGAAGACAUGGCUCAGGAUUCUUUCAUCUACACAGACGAAAACUUCACUCCUGAUUUGAAUAUUUUUCAAGAUGUCUUACACAGGGACACACUAGUAAAAGCCUUCCUGGAUCAGGUUUUUCAUUUGAAACCUGGUUUAUCUCUCAGGAGUACUUUCCUUGCACAGUUUCUACUUGUCCUUCACAGAAAAGCCUUGACACUAGUAAAAUAUAUAGAAGAUGAUACGCAAAAAGGGAAAAAGCCGUUUAAAUCUCUUCGGAACCUGAAGAUAGACCUUGAUUUAACAGCAGAGGGCGAUCUUAACAUAAUAAUGGCUCUGGCUGAGAAAAUUAAACCAGGCCUACACUCCUUCGUCUUUGGAAGACCUUUCUAUACUAGUGUACAAGAACGAGAUGUUUUGAUGACUUUUUAAAUGUGUAACUUACUAAAUAUAUUUGUCACAAUCAUGAUUGCUGCUAAAGUAGCUCAGUGGGAUGGCACACAUCAAUCCCUGGGAUCGUUCCCUAGAGUUCUGUUCAGCAGUGGCAGUUACACUUAGUUACACUACAGUUGUCACAAGAAGUCUGCAAGGGAUGUCAGGUGCAUUGUUAACAAUGAAUGGAUCUUUUCCUACUUGUGCUCACUUGGGAUACAGACUUAUGUUUACAAUUAUAAUAAAUAUUGCUAUCUUUAAAAAAAUGUAAUAAUAGGAUAGAAUCUUGACCACAACUACUGUUUUUUGAAACUUAGGCUUCAUGGUUUACACAUAUCAAAGUGAAAUUUUUGUUAGCUUCCACAGACAUAAUACUAGUUGACUUUCCGUUUUUGGUGUUUCUCGGAAUAUGAAGUAACUGUAAUUGGUUGCAAUCAGCUGGAAACUAUAACAUCUAACUCAUUUCAGUUCCAUAUACAGGAAGUUAACUCGAAUCUAGGGUAAGUUUUAGAAAGAAAAUACUGUUCAGGCAGACGUUUAGUUAAAAUUAGUAAUUAGAGCCUACUUUGUAGACUUAGUCAUUCAGAUUCAGUCUGUGUAGAAAUGUCAGUGUGUUUAGUCCAGAUUGUGAUGAACCUCAGUUGGGAUAGCUUUUGUUUGUUAAGCUCUGUCAAAAAAAUAUAUAGGAAAUUGGAUUUGUUUUAGUAGUUCUUGACAACUAUAUAACUUAAUUUUCAUUAUUUUUUAGACAAAUGGAAAAGUGUACCUCUUGUGUCUUUUGUUCUCUUGGAAAAAUACAGUUACUUGGAAGAAGUUUGGAUUUCACUAGUCAGUCACUGUCAUUUUCUUCUCGUAGAGUCUUACCUUCACUUGGCAAUCAUUGUAACUAUGAGAUUAUUAAAUAGAGAAUAUACUAAUUAUCUUUUUUCAGGAAUAGAGAAUAAUACCUUUUUAUAUUUCUGCACAUAUUUUUAUAGUUGUUGCUGUGUGUCUUUGCCUGCAACAUAUGAGGAAUAGCAGGAGAAACUUUACUGACAUAUUAUUUACUAGGUGUUACUUUGGCAGAACUGCCAAAGUUUUCUUAAUAUGCUUGGACCAUUUUGCUGGCUAUAAAAUAACUGAUUAACAUAAUUGUGUGCUAGAACAGUGUUGACAUAGUAGUAGUAUAUGUGAACAUAAUGGGGUUUUUUAGUCUAAGACUGUGGAAGUAAC